AUGUCUUCGGAGCUGGAGAGCUUGCUCGUUGCCCAAACCCACUCAAUUGACCAGCUCACAAGGGCGCUGGUCAACUUCAAGAAGCUUCCUAAAGCGCAGAUCACGCUUCCCAAAACGAAGGGGAGGCUGACGAACUUGGAGGCUCUGUGGGAGAAGAUUCAAGCCUUCCACAUCCAGCUGCUGCAGACGGCUACAGCGGAGGAAAAGAAGACGACCCCCUACUUCAAACAAGAGGGAUUUCUUGCCGCUGAGGAAGCCUACUUCGACGCAGCGGACCAUCUCCACGAGACCAUCGGUAAACUGAGUAGCGACGCCCCGAGCGCGCCGUAUCGAGGUAACGAGUCUUCAUAUCGCGACGCGCACACUAGUUUUUCACUGCAUCUGCCUCGUAUUUCGCUUCCGGAUUUCUCUGGUGAUUUCACGCAAUGGGAAAACUUUCGUGGCCUUUUUUUGUCCCUCGUCGACAAACACGAAUCAUUAACGAAAACGCAGAAAUUACAUUACCUGAAAGCGAGCCUCUCCGGCGAGGCUGCGAAAUUAAUCAGUAACAUACAAAUUUCUGACGCUAACUACGAGGCAGCGUGGCAGCUUCUACUUGACGAAUACGAUAACCGCAACGCGAUCAUUCACGCGCAUAUCCAUUCGUUCGCCGACUUACCGAAAAUGAAAAACGAGAACGUUCCGGAAUUGAAAAAACUUCGCGAUAAUGUAUCCGCUUCUCUCGCCGCGCUAGCGAAUCUCGAGCGUCCCGUCGAGCAGUGGGACGAUCUACUCGUCUAUAUUAUCUCGCAAAAGUUUAGUCCGCGAACGCGUAACGAAUGGAACUUGAAACGAGGCGAGACGGAUGCGUAUCCUACGUACAAAGAGAUUCAUGACUUCAUGACUCUUCGCAUUCGCGGUCUCACGGAUUACCCUUCGCAAUCCGACUCUGCGUCGAAUAAUGCGCGCGGAAACAAAGCUCGUACUUCCGCCAAUAAUGUGUCUCCUGUAAAAUGCGUUCGUUGUUCCGGAAAUCAUAGUUUGGCAAAGUGCAAUAAAUUUUUGAGUUUGCCGGUCGAGCAGCAUCGACUCGUCGCGCGCCAGCAUAAGUGCUGCUUUAACUGCCUGCGAACCGAACAUUUCUUAAGUAAUUGCCCGAGUAAAGGACGUUGCCAUCGAUGCCACCAAGCUCAUCAUUCGCUGCUUCACAGCGAGAGUACGGAGGGUGGUACCAGAUGCGAGCCUUCCGCGAUUAACUCGACGCUCUCCUCGCAAGCUACCGCGUCAGUCGCCGUUGCCUCUGAGCCGCCGGCCUCGCUCUCCGCGUCCGUUCAGACAGUGCAUUCUGCGCGAAGCGUUGUUACGUCGCCGCCUCACGUACUUCUUGCCACCGCGUAUGUAAGGCUAAGUACGAUCGAGGGCCGCACAUUUAAAGUACGUGCUCUGUUAGAUCAAGGCUCGACUUAUAGUUUCAUUUCUGAAUCUCUUUGCCAGACUAUGCGAACCAGGCGUCAUCGCGCCGCGUUAACUAUACAUUGCUUUGGAGAGAAAUUUAGCGGAGUCGCUCGGUCUCGAGUGAAUCUCACGCUCGCGCCCUGCGACAAGCAGGGACCGAUAUUCCCUUUUUCCGGAUUCGUGUAUCAGCGAAUCACAGCUUAUACAGCUACUCAGACAAAGCCGGCCGCAAUGUGGCCGCAUUUACGCGACUUGCCGUUAGCAGAUCCCGAUCCCUCCAGUCAUCACCCGAUUCACGUAUUAAUCGGCGCGGAUUUAUACGGAUCUCUGCUACUCGACGGUCUUCGUAAAGGUCCGGUCGGCACGCCGACGCACAGUGGUCUGGAACGGACAAACACUUGUUCAAAAUAG